AACACAAAACCGGAAUUUUCAGGGAUAGCGUCCGCCUGUAAUUUCAUGCUACGUUUUUGAUAUUUGGAAAAUAGAUAUGGAGAAGAAAUGGGAAGAGAUAUACUCGUUACUUUCUGCUGGGUCCUACCCUUCAGAAUAUGACAAGGCUCAGAGGCAAAACCUCAGAAGAUAUGCCUCAAAAUUCAAACUGAAUGAUGGAGAACUCUUUUUUUGGAACCAGAAGAGUAGUUAAAACCAUGGACGAUGCCAGGAGGAUCUUUCAUGAGUUUCAUUCAUGUCCAAUAGGAGGACACACUGGCAUACAGAAAACGCUAGCAGCAGUGUGUUCCGGAUUUUACUGGUUUAGUAUGACGGUUGACAUUAAAAAUUGGAUUCUGGAAUGUGACCAGUGUCAAAAAGAUGGGAACCCACUGGCUGCUGUGCAGCCGUUGCAGUGUAUUAAGAGGCCGCGUAGUGGAACCAACGAGGGAGGAAGACGAAAGAAAUUAGCGCCUGCUGGCAGGGCUCGUAGUGCGGACCGAAAAAUGGCAGCGCAGGAGAAGUUCUUUGCAGGAAUUCCCAAAAUCCAGUAUAAACCCGACGCUGGACCUGGUGAUGUCAUGUGUUUUAAACACUACAGUGCAGAAGAGGUGCUGAUGGGGAGGACGAUGGAGGACUGGUUGAGGUUUUCAGUCUGCUACUGGCACUCUUUCUGUGGACCGGGUGCCGGUCCUUUUGGAGUUCCAACCCACCACCGGCUCUGGAAUAAAGGGUCUCCUAUGAAAUCAGCCAGGAAGCGACUCUGUGCAGCCUUUGAGUUUUUCACCAAGCUUGGAGUAAAAUAUUACACUUUCCAUGACAGAGACAUUGCCCCUGAGGGCUCCACGCUGGAGGAGUCCAACCGCAAUCUGGAUGAAAUAACAGACCUGGCUCUCAAGCUACAGAACCAGACUGGAGUGAAGUUGCUGUGGAUCACCUGUAACCUCUUUACUCACUUAAGGUAUAUGAAUGGUGCAGCCACUAACCCUGACUGCCAUGUGCUGGCCUAUGCUGGUCCUCAGGUGAAAAAAAGUCUGGAAAUUGCCAAGAAGCUGGGUGCAGAAAACUUUGUUUUUUGGGGAGGAAGAGGUUUCCACUCCAUCCAUAACACUGAUGUUGCUGUUGAACUCAAUCACAUGGCCAUCUCCUUCAAAAUGGCUGUCAACUACAAAGAGAAGAUUGGGUUGAGUUGUCAGUUUCUGAUUGCGCCCCAACAAAAGGAGCCCAGCAAACACCAGUAUGAUUACAAUCAGUGCCCCCUGGACAUCAGGAACACCACCUUGGUCAUGAAAGUGAUUGUUGAACAAGGCGGCCUGCAUCCAGGAGGAUUGAACUUUGUUGCAAAGGCGCACAGAGAGUCCACUGACCUCGAGGACCUGUUCAUUAGUCACAUCAGAGUCAUGGACGCCUUUGCAAGAGGACUCAGGAACGCCGUUCACAUCAUUGAGGAUGGGGUUAUUGCUAGUAUGAUGCAGGAGCGGUACUCAAGCUUUAGUCACGGCCUCGGACAGAAGGUGGAGAAUGGUACUGCCACCUUAGAGGAGAUGGAGGAUUUCAUCGAGCAGAACGGUGAGCCAGAAGUAACAUCAGGGAAGCAAGAAAAGUAUGACUCCGUCUUUAACCACUACAUAUGAUCAAAACACCUCUGCAUAUGCAGCAUUGGCCGUCAGGUGAUGCCUUACUUGUAGGAAAGCCCACUCAUUUUCAACACUGUACUUUAUUUAGUCCUGUCAUGCAUUUGUAGUCACGCAAACUUUUGAAGUGACACUUAAAUUCAAUAAAAAUGUUGUCAAUA